AUGUCAUCUACUUUGAAGUAAAUGGUGUUUCCUCCCAUCGGUAAACAUAUCGAGGAUUUGCAACAUCAGUUGAAAGAUUCUGUUCAACAAUACAAGGCGGAUAGGCAUAGAGAGUAUAAAGAUAUAAAGAAGAAGAGAUUGAAAGAAAUUAAUGAAGAAAAUAAAUACAAGAUCUUUCAUCGGAAGGUUUUCAAUUCUUAAAGCAAACAAUAUGGAGGCAUUUUUGAGAAGGAAAAGGAUAUCUAUUUAUGUAAGGAACCCUUAAUAAACGAUUAUCUGAAAUAUCACAUAAUAGAGCCAUAAAGAAAUUUAGAGAAAGGACUGAUUGAGAUUAAAACUGGAACAAAAGAGUUUUUGGAUGCCAGUUGUUUUGGAGAAGUUCCGUUAUAGAAAUUAGGAGAAAAGGAAAGAAAGUUAAGAGAAUUUUGGAUAAAGGAAGGGGAAAGAUAAGCAAAGAUCAGAUUUAAGGCCUUAAUAGAUUCACAAACAGGAGUCCAAAAAAAAUUAAAUCAAUCGAAAAGAUUGAAAGAAUUAAAAGUCUUUAUCCCAAAUAAAUUCACUCUCGAUUUAUUUGAUGAACAUCCAUCAUAAAUUUUAGCAUUAACACAAUUACAUUCACAUUCAAAAACUAUGAAAUGGAAACCCAAUAGUUUUUAUGGAGAAGUAUUCGAUAAUAGUUUCUGCAAGAUAUCUGAUUAAAACCAAUCUAUAUUAAAAGAUAUUGAAAAGACAGAGUAACUAGAAUGA